CGAACUGUGAGCAGACAUGGAAGCUGUAGUUGGACUGUUAUUGCUGUUGUGUGGAGUGCCUCGUGAUGUGGAAACUCACUGUGAUGGCAGACAGGAUGGAGUUCAGUGUUAUGGAGCUUUGGGAGGAACUGUGGACAUCCAGCUGAUGGACAGCACCUCAGAAAUACCUAGAUACCACUUGUUAAAGGAUUCAUCAAAAAUAUUGGAUGUGAAACACAAUAAGAGUCUUCAUGAUACCACAGAGAACAAAUUUUUAUUUUUUCCUAGUAAUGGAAAAUUUAGGAUCAGUAGCCUAAACAGGAAGGACCAUGGUAAUUAUACCCUUCAAACCUUUGAUUCAGAUGGAAGAGCAUCAGGCGAGCGGACUUUAUGUAUAUUUGUUCAAGCUCCUGUGUCCUCUGUCCUGCUGGUCUCUGAGUGUCUGUCCCAGGGAGAGAUGAGGGUGUCCUGCUCCUCUGAGGGAGGGGACAGUCCUCAGUACAGCUGGACUCUGGAUGGACGCACACUGACAGAUGCUGAGCUCCUUUCUGGAAAUAAGGAGACUAACAUCAUCACUCUGAAACAGCACGUCUCAGGACGUCUGGUCUGCUCAGUCAGGAACAACGUCAGUAAUGUCUUCAAAGAAGAGAAGAUAUCUAUCUGUGAAGCAGGUAUUUUGCCAGUGAUCUGUGGUGUUCUCUCGGCUUUGGUAAUUUUCCUAACUGUGGCUGCAGCAGUCAUCUGUGCGCAGAGGAAGAAACAAAAAAACACACCUACAAAAGAUGAAGAAGAUGGACAGCAAAUAAUGUACUCCGAUGUUAGAGUGAAGAAAAAGAAAGAACAGAAGAAAAUGGAGAAAAGAGUGGAGGUGGAGGCAGAGGUGGAGUACGGCCAAGUUUUAGUCAAGUCCUCAAGGCGAUCUCGGCGCACUGAACAAGCAGGAGAUGAUUGUUUGUAUGUCAACAUCCAUAAAAUCAGGUGAUUAAAGUGAUCAGCAUUUUUACACAGACUACACCACUGAAGGUCCACAGAGGGAGGAGGUGGUGUCGAAAUACCGAAAGGUCUUUUAUUUAAUGGAACUUCCUAUCAGACAAAUCAUCAAAGCUCAUAAAUAUUGAUUUUCAUACAUUUCACUGUUCUUCCAAAUUUUGAAAGCGCUUUAAUGCAUCCAGUCUUAUGUUCCUGCUGUGAACCUCUGAUACAACAAAGUUUAUGAUUGUAAUGGCAGAUUCUCUUUUAUUUUGAACUCAACGUGACAAAGUGCAUUUUGUUUCAUGUUAUUUGGUUUCAUUGCUGCAUAACACUUUUUGCUUCAUAAUUUAAAUACAGUUCAGGUCAGAUGUCACUAUGUAGCACCAAAUCAUAGCAUCUCAAGUAAUAUCACACAGUAAAACAUUAGAGUAUAUUAAAUUUGAGCACUGUCAAACUACCUGUUAUAAUCAUAAUAACAACAGCAUUUAUGAUAUUUGGUCAUCAGUCUGGGAUCACAGGGGCAGCACAGGUUCAACAUGGUCGUAGUUUAUUUGUACUUCCAAUACCCCUGGGGCAAGUUUAACACACAUAUCUGGAGUUUUGUUGUUGUUCAGCGGUGCCAGUGUUUUUAAAAUUAGCAUCAGUACAAAUAUCAAGGAAAUGUUCGAAGUCAGAACAACAUUUAUGGAGCCCAGUCCGGUGUCUGUAAUCAUGUUGCAGAUUUUUCUUUGUUCAAUUCAUAUGUUAGAUAAACAACCGAAGACACAUUUAAGCAUAAAUGUAGAGACAGUGUCAUUAUUCUGGUGUUAAAAUCUCUUUAUGACAUUAUAAAUAAAGCUUUUGUUUUACAUUUGCUGAAUUUUAAUUUACUAUACACUUUGCUUUUG